GUGUGUGCUGCAGGCUUGGGGUAGGGGAUGGGUAGUCGUUAUGAUGUCACAUGGCUGCGUGUGUUGGACCUCACACAGCCAACGCUGUGGCCAGUCCCGACCGGCCACAGCGGUCGGUCACUGUAUGAGGCGCCGUGGUGUGAGCGCCGUGUGUGUGUGCCGACGGCCGACGGUAUCUCUCUGAUGAUACCGGCGGCCUAUCGGGCGCCGACCGGCCGACUGCCAUGAGUGGGUCCGGCGGCGGCGGCGGCGGCUCGCCGGCCGCGGACCAGGAGUCGGCGCCGCGCUGGGCGGAAGCGGCGCUGCGCGGCUACCAGCGGCAGAUCGGAGCGCUCGAGAUGCCUGAGUGGGAACAGACGGUGGAGCGCCGCCGCGCCCGCGGAUACGGCGGUGCGCCGCGCAAGUCGGCCAAGCCGGCCACCGGUCUCAUCGACCUCGACUUGAUCAGAGGCUCGACGUUCCCCAAGGCGAAGCCGCAGCAGGGCAUGUGGUUGGUGGUGCGACAGGGGCUGCUGCGCGCCGCGCUGCUGCCGCUCUACAGACGCUGGUGGCAGCGGCACGUCGGAGACCGCCUGUUCGUGGCCCUGCUGGCCGCCUACCUGGUCUACGUCGGCAUAGCGGUGCUGCACUGCACCGCGGACGCCGCGGGGGCCACCGUGCAGAUCACCGCCCCGGAAUUGCUGACUCCUCUGCUAGUGGCGCUGGCUCUCAGCAUCCUCAAGUCGCAAAUCGUCGCCUGCAACGAGUCUUACAUGUCUUCCGGCGGCGCGCGCAUGAAGGCCUCCUCCGUGCGGCUGAAGCGGCGACACCCGCCUCAGAGCUCCAGCUCCUUGAUCAGUAACGGCACCAGCGAGCAGGGCCUCUCCGGGUCCAUGACGGUGCCCUCCAGCACCGAGCAGAGCGUGCUGACCGGUACCGCCAGUGAGCCGUUCAUACUGGAGCCGACCGUGGCGCCGCCGGUCCCGGAGCCAGGCAGGGUGGACAGUCUGGGACCGUUCCCCUCCCGCAGCGCCGAGACCGCACCGCCGCGCCGGCCGCCGCCCCAGACCCGGUCGGCCUCUCACGAGCUGGUGUCGCGCCGCCGGCCGCCGCCGCCACCGCGCUCUCUGUCGGCCGACAGCCCGCCGUCGGCCAAAUUCCCCUCUCCGCUGCCACCGUCGGGUACAGUGGGUGGCCCCGAGCUGCGGCGGCGCGGCAGCCGGCAGCGCGCCGGCCGGCCCAAGCUGGUGCGGAUCGCCGACCUGCCGGAGACGGUGGACAACUACCACACCGACUCGACUGAUACUGAGGGCAAGUCGGACGGCGACGAGCUGCUGGCCGAGCUCAGUCCCAGCUCGUCGACGUCGGCGCUGUCCAAGGGAGUGCGGCAGUCGGCCGGCGGGACGGCGACCGGCGGCCCCGGCGGCAGGACGCUGCUCCGACCCGAGUUCCGGAGUCCGGUGUCGGACAGCUCGGCGGCCGAGAUCAGCUGCUCGGAGCGGCGUGACUCGGACGACUGUAACUCCUCGCGCCGCUCCUUUGUCAAGGCGGCCGUCCAGCAGCGCCGUAUGGCGAUGGGCAGGCGGCGCUGGCGGCGCUGGACCCCGCCCGCCUCCUCGGCCGAGAGCCACGCCCACUUGGACGCCGCCAGCCAGCAGACGUCGGGCUCGGACUCUGACGCGUCGUACAGCUCGGGCGAGUCGGCCACGUCUGGUCACCGAGACGCCAGCAGCGGCUGGGACAACCCACUGCAGACGGCCAGCAACGCCGACCACACCGGCUGCACCAUCUGGGAGGGCUGCGACAUGAAGAAGGUCGACCUCACCACGCUCGACAUCUGCUCCGUCAUCGUCAACCGGGUCGAGUCGAUGCCGCAGUCCACCGACUAUCUCGUCUUCGGUCUAGUGAUGUCUGGUCUGAUCGCGCUGCUGCCCACCCUCUGCCGGCUGAUGAUGGGCGGCGCUGUGCUUACCGGGCCCUGCUGGCCGCCGGCGCCCUCCGUACCCGCUCUGGUGAACGCCACCGCCCAGCUGACCCGGCACGUCAUCAAGGUCACCGACGAGGCGUUCGGCGGCACGGCCAGGGAGCGCGCAGUGACGACGGGCUGCCUGCUGGUGACACUGCUCGUCACCAGUCUGCUGUUCUUCCUUCUGAGCGUGGUGGAGCGCUCCUUCAAACAGCGCCUCCUGUACGCCAAGUACUUCUGCUACCUGACCUCGGCCCGGCGUGCCAGGAAGUUUGAGCUGCCCCAUUUUCGUCUGAAGAAGGUGCGCAAUAUCAAGACGUGGCUCUCCGUACGCUCGUGUCUGAAGAAGCGCGGCCCGCAGCGCUCCAUCGACUCGAUCGUGUCGGCGGCCUGUCUGACCACUGUCGUACUGGUCACGCUGCUCUGUGUCGAGCUGCUGGAGAACAGCGAUUCACCACGCAUCGACUACUACCGCAUUCAGCUCGUCGUGUGGUGCUUCUCGCUGGGCGUAUACCUGGUGAGAGUCAUGUCCCUGGGCUCGUACAUCAACCGCAAGUACCGCAACCUCUCGGUGGUGCUCACCGAACAGAUCAACCUGUAUCUGCAGAUCGAGCAGAAGCCGCACAAAAAGGAGCGGCUCGUGCUCGCCAACAACGUGCUCAAGCUGGCCAGCGACCUCCUCAAGGAGCUGGAGAACCCGUUCACAGUGCUGGGCUUCUCUGCCAACCCGUUCCUGUACAACGCCACCAAGGUGAUCGUGCUGUCCGCCUGCAGCGGCGUGCUCUCAGACAUGCUUGGCUUCAAGCUGAAGCUCUACAAGAUCAAACUCAAGUGAGCCUCCCGCCUCAGCAGCAGGCGAGAGCGACGGGCGUGAUGUCACCCGAGUUUUUGUGACAUUUCAGGUGGGAGAUGAAGCUGUGCGUAACACUCGUGGUAUCCAUCGGGUGUUCUUUCGUAGUGUGUUGAGGGGAGAGUCACUGAAGGCGUCUUUCGGCGGGCGUUGUGUUGGGAGGGCACUCACUGAGCUAAGAACGGUUCUCUGCGGUUGCCAUCUGCUGAGACCUGGUAACUAAGUUAGCAGUAGCUCCGCUGAGGAACGCAUGUCAUGUCUCGGCUGAGGCGCAGGUUUGUCAGAGAACGUUUGAACUAGCUGGUGCUACGGUAGGUUGACGGUGCGUAUUGCACGUCAUGUCCGGGGUUGAACGUCUUGCAACGAUUUUGGGCUGUAUGGGGCGAAACAACUUCGUGUAACUGAGGGCAUCGAUGCAGCAAUGAUGGCACUACAUCCUUUACAUCCUUUGGUUGUAACAUCCACCAGGAUUAGCCACUACAUGGACUUAUUUUAGCUGAUACCAUGCGGGUAUUUGUAUAACAGGACAGUAUACCUUUAAGGACAGUAAAUAGCUAGGUGUUACUUCAUAUAUGUAUUAUGUCGCGACAACCUGUAGGGGAAAACGCUAUUCACCGGGGGAACAUAAGCAUAGCGUUAGGUUCAUAUAUCAAAGUGUUUUAUAAGUCUACCGGGUUAACUGUUAGUUUGCGGCGCACUUAGUGCACUUAUUGCAUACUUUGCCGCUGAUCUGCCUCACCCAUGACACCAGCUUGGGGGAAAUGUUUAGGUUUAUUUGCUGUCGCAAAUCGCAAUGCGCUACGCUUAUCGUCUCGUUGAGAUUAGUACCUUGGUUAUCUCGUCUCGAUUCACAGUAUUUACCGCCACAUUUUGGCUUCACCAGUCUAUCUCAACUUCUUGUGAGCCAGUCACUCAUACUGUUAUUUUGAUAUUCUCGUUUAGUUUUGUGUUGCCGCGCACUGUGCUGCGUCACAACAGCGGUUGCGCGUGCAAUGUAUAUCACCGCUGGUGAUACUGAAGAGCUGUUUAUCGAAGUCGCAGGUCGUGCCAGCGCUGCGAGUAAACGCUUAAUACUCGUGUGAUACAAAUCGCCCGUGUGCAAUAUUCAGCCGGUGCUGUAGUGUGGCGAAGGGUUGUCUGUCGUCCUGCGAGUCAGGAGCUGUGAGACAGUACAGAAACCCACGCUGAAUAAAAUCCCGUUUUGACGUCCCUGUUGUUACCAUUCUAGAGGGAACGCUGUUACAAUGGCUUUCAUUAUGAAGUGAGGAAAGUAAUUAAUGAAAUGAUAUUUUGGAUUAGUAAAAUAAUUUGCUGGAAAAUACAUAUCGUCUAGUUGCCACGUUU